GGAGUACUCUUUUCAGUUUAAAUGCUCUGAAAUAUGGCUCUGAAUAUGAAAUAUGACAUAAAAAAGCAAAUAGCAUGCAUCUUAUCUGUUCCAUGUAUUUGUAAGAACAGUAUUACAGAUCCCUGACUGACCAGACUAUCUGCAGUUUGAACAUUAUUCAGAAGGAACACUUUUUUCUGACUAACUAAUAAUCAAUCUGGCUGGUGUCUAAGAGGAAGAAAAAAGAUAUGUACUUUAUUGUAUCCCCAAGAGAUUUACAUUUGCUACUUCAAUUUUUCAAAAUGCAUUUAUAGUUUUUGUUUAAAUACAAAUAUACCCUAAUAAGACCCUCUUGCAGUUUAUCAUAAAUGGUUCACAAUCAGUCCUAUAAUAUAGUUUUAUGUACCCCCUCCAAAAGAAAGACACCAUGUCUACAAGAAAUUCUAUAAUUUUUUUUCUCACUGUUUUUUUGUUUUUUUUUAAAGUUAAGUGUCAAAUCUUUUUGCAGGGUGACCGUGUUAUGGGCGUUAGUGGUGGGAGUGCCAUGGCAGAGGAGUGUAUUGUGGACCAAAAGGUCCUGUGGAAGAUUCCUAAAGAGGUGGGCUAUGAGGAGGCGGCUGCCCUGCCGGUGUCCUAUGGUACAGGGCUCCUGGCACUGCAGCAUCGUGCAGCAACACAGCCAGGGGAGAUAGUACUGGUCACUGCUGCUGCUGGAGGGGCAGGUCUGGCUGCGGUUGACAUUGCCGCCCAUGUUCUCCAGGCAAAGGUAAUCGCUGCAGCAGGCAGUGAUGAGAAAUGUGCCUUGGCUGUGUUGAAAGGAGCGUAUGCCAGUAUAAACUACAACACCUCCAACCUGAAGGAGGAGCUGAAGAAGCUGACCAAUAAAAAAGGAGUGAAUGUGGUAUUUGAUGCUGUGGGUGGGGACAUCUUUAAAGAUGCACUCAGUAGUCUGAGCUGGGAGGGCAGGAUUGUAGUGGUAGGGUUUGCAGGAGGGUCUAUACCCUCUGUUCCUGCUAAUCUGCUGCUUCUGAAGAACAUUUCGGCAAUGGGCGUGUUCUGGGGGCGGUACAGAGAGCAGGAUUUCCCAGUAUUCUCCCAGUCCAUUUCCAGCGCUAUCCAACUCUGCCAAGAGGGGAAAAUCAGACCUCACAUUGGAGCCGUUUUCAAGCUUCAGCAGGUAAAUGAAGCUUUCCAGCACGUGAUGCAGCGCGCUUCAGUUGGAAAGGUGGUCCUAUCUAUGAAAUAAAGCAUAUAAGAAGAGCCAUUGAU